UCCAUUUCUAGUUUCUUGUUGUUUUCCAGAAAACUCAAAUGGACGCUACGGCUCUCGGGCAUCUCCCGACUCUGAUCCAUGGCGGAUUCCAGCGUCUUCUCUCCUUCUCUGCUACCCAUUCUCCCCACUCCAUUCCCUCCUUCGAUUCCCGGUUCGCCAAAUGUUCCUCUGGCAUUCGAUGCCAAUCAAGUAGUAUGGAGAAAUCAAAGACGUCAAAGAAAAAUCUGCUUGACAAUGCAAGCAACCUUCUUACUAAUUUGCUAAGUGGGGGUCGCCUUGGAUCGUUGCCCACCGCUGAAGGUGCUGUCUCGGAUUUGUUUGGUCGGCCACUUUUUUUUUCGCUCUAUGAUUGGUUUCUCGAGCAUGGUUCAGUUUACAAGUUAGCCUUUGGGCCUAAAUCAUUUGUUGUUGUAUCCGAUCCCAUUGUGGCAAGACAUGUCCUUCGGGAAAAUGCAUUUUCUUAUGAUAAGGGAGUUCUCGCCGAAAUAUUAGAACCAAUAAUGGGAAAAGGGCUCAUACCUGCGGAUCUUGGCACUUGGAAACAGAGGAGAAAAGUUAUUGCACCUGGAUUUCAUUCUUUAUUCCUCGAAGCUAUGGUAAAAGUUUUCACGGAUUGUUCUGAGCGAAGCAUAUCGAAGUUUGAGAAACUCCUUGAAAGUGAGAAUUCUGAAAUAGAAGAAAUUCAGUUGGAUCUUGAGGCUGAAUUUUCAAAUUUAGCACUUGACAUAAUUGGGCUGGGGAUAUUCAACUAUGAUUUUGGUUCUGUCACUAAAGAAUCUCCUGUUAUCAAGGCUGUUUAUGGAACUCUAUUUGAGGCUGAACACCGAUCAACCUUCUACAUUCCUUACUGGAAUCUCCCUUUUGUGAGAUGGAUAGUUCCUCGGCAGAUUAAGUUCCACAAUGACCUGAAGAUUAUAAAUGACUGCCUUGAUGGGCUUAUAAAAAAUGCCAAGGAGACAAGACAGGAAGAUGAUGUUGAGAAACUUCAGCAAAGAGAUUACUCAUCUCUCAAGGACGUCAGUUUGCUGCGCUUUCUCGUUGAUAUGCGCGGUGUCGAUGUUGAUGAUCGCCAGCUAAGGGAUGAUCUCAUGACAAUGCUUAUUGCGGGACAUGAAACAACUGCUGCUGUUCUUACAUGGUCAGUGUUUCUACUUGCUCAGAACCCAUCAAAGAUGAAAAAGGCCCAGAUGGAGGUAGAUUCUGUUCUCGGUGGAAAGAAAAUAACCCUUGAAUGUCUAAAAAAAAUGGAAUACCUGCGUCUUAUCAUUGUUGAAGCUCUUCGUUUGUAUCCUCAGCCUCCAUUACUUAUUAGACGAGCUCUCAAAGAAGAUAAACUUCCUGGAGGUUAUAUGGGUAAUGAAGAUGGAUAUUCAAUUCCUGCAGGGACCGAUAUUUUUAUUUCUGUAUACAAUCUCCACAGAUCACCAUAUUUCUGGGACAAGCCAGAUGAGUUUGAGCCAGAAAGAUUUUUAACUCCAAAAGCAAAUGAAGGCAUUGCCGGAUGGGCAGGCUACGAUCCAAGUCGCAGCCCUGGAGCGAUGUACCCAAACGAGAUAACUUCUGAUUUCGCCUUCAUACCAUUCGGUGGAGGGCCGCGUAAGUGUGUCGGCGAUCAGUUUGCACUAUUGGAAUCGACUGUUGCUUUGGCUUUGUUGCUUCAAAAGUUCGAUGUCCAACUGAGGGGGUCACCUGAUGAAGUACAGUUAAUCACCGGCGCAACUAUACAUACAAAAAGUGGCCUCUGGUGCAAACUGAGGAGGAGGGCUUCAGUAGGAGCUAAGCAAAACCAACUUGUCGAAGCAUAAAUGUAUAAAAAUUAACAAACCAAAGAGAUCUUUAUGUAGUGCCUUAUGAUCCGUGUAGACUAAAUCAAUGUUGUAACCUUCCUAAAUAGUCGUCAUAAGAAUUGGACAUUAAGUCUUGACAUUACAGCUUUCUUCUUCCUUCAUGGUAAUAAAUUUUUUUAUUUCCAA